AUGCCGAAUUAUGCAAAGUUCAUGAAAGACCUUCUAUCAAAGAAACACAAGUUGAAGGAAUGCGAAACAGUGGCCUUGACAGAGGAGUGCAGUGCAAUCAUCCAGAAGAAACUUUCUCCCAAGCUGAAAGAUCCAGGAAGCUUCAGUAUUCCUAUUGAAAUAGGAAACAUUGAAGUUGGAAAAGCAUUAUGUGAUCUGGGAGCAAGUAUCAAGCUGAUGCCACUAUCUAUGUGCACUCUUGGAAUCAAGGAGCUCAAGCCUACUACCGUUUCUCUCCAGUUAGCUGACAGAUCGAUCAGACGACCAGAUGGGGUAAUUGAGGAUGUUUUAGUUAAAAUUGACAAAUUUAUCUUCCCUGCAGAUUUUAUAGUUCUGAAUAUGGAAGAAGACAUCGAGAUUCCCCUAUUAGUUGGAAGGCCAUUCUUGGCCACUGCAAGAGCAAUGAUCGAUGUGGAGCAAGGAAAACUGAUGCUGAGGGUGAACGAAGAAACAGUCACCAUUGACGUCUUCGAAUCAAUGAAACAUCCAAUAGACGGAGAAGACUGUUUUAUGAUAGACAUAAUACAAGAAGCAAUUGAUGAUGCUAUGAAAGAGGAUAGUUCCCCUCUUGAGUUAGAAUAA